CCGCCCCUUCUUGAAAGAGAAGUCGACGAGGCCGCGCACGCUCAGCUGGUGACGGGUGAUGCUUCCGGGCCAAGAGCGUGAGGAGUAUGAGAUAAGAGAAGAAGCCAAGGUUUGUUUGAAGCGCCUUUAAUCAACCGGAAGAAGAAGACGUCCACGCGCCCUCACACGGAACCGAGGACGUCGAGUUACUCCGUUCAAGAUGUCUUACUCCUCUCGAAGUUCCUCUCGUGCCACGGACUGUAAGGUCUAUGUCGGUGACCUUGGCAAUGGUGCAGCCAAAGGUGAGCUGGAACGAGCCUUCAGUUACUACGGACCAUUGCGGAGUGUGUGGGUUGCCCGGAACCCUCCAGGUUUCGCCUUCGUAGAGUAUGAGGAUGCCAGAGAUGCAGAGGAUGCCGUAAAGGGGAUGGAUGGAAAGGUGCUUUGUGGAGCCCGCGUGAGAGUUGAGAUGUCUAAUGGUAUGUCCAGAAAGUCCCGUUAUGGCCGUCCCAGCCGCAGACAGUUUGACCCCAAUGACCGCUGUUAUCAGUGUGGGGAGUCUGGUCAUUAUGCCUACGACUGUUAUCGUUUCAGCAAGAGGCGUAGUCGACGCAGCAGGUCAACAUCCCGCUCUCGGUCCAGAUCUCGUGGCCGGCGCUACCGUUCUCGUAGCCGUAGCAAUGAAAGAAGGUACCGUUCACCUUCAUACUCAAAACGCAAAAGCAGGUCAGGUUCUCCGGGCCGCUCUAGAUCCAGAACCCCUGUGCGGCGCUCACGUUCACCUGUACGCAGGUCGAAAAGCCCUGUCCGAAGGUCCAGAUCCAGAACACCUGUCCGUAGAGUCAGUCGCUCUCGCUCCCGUUCACGAUCUGGUUCUAGACAGAGGGAACGUAGUGUGUCCAGAUCUCGCUCUCGGUCUCGUUCGGUCAGUCACAAAAAAGACGGUCAUUCCAGGUCUGCCAGCCCAAGGAGAAGUCCAACACCGGAUGCUGACUGAUCUGAAUACUGAUGCUUCACCCCCAUUCCCCACCUUUGCCUCAGGGCUAAAAUACAUUUUAUCUCCCCAUGAUUUCAGUACUGGUUCUUCUGUAGCUACAUGGCUAUUUUGUCUUCUAUCUCCCCACAUUUUAAUUAAGGCUCUUUGUAAAAACAUCCAUCUCAAGCAGCUAAUUUUAUUUUUUUCUCCUUUUUACCUAUCCCCUUCCAAUUCAGACUUGUAAAAAAAAAAAAACAUUUUAAGAGCUCCAUUGUUUUAAUUUCUGUCUUGAGCCAGUUUCCUGUGGUCAGUGAUUUGUGGGUAAGGUGGUGAAUGAGCUGUUGUGAUUUAGUCAGUGUAUUAUAUGAGCUGAAGAGUAUGCUGUGAUUUAUUUGUUUGUAGAGUGUUUUUUUUUUUUUUUUUUUUUUUUUUUUUUGCUUUGAAAAUGGCAAUGGUCUUUUUAAUAAAGCUUUACAAACCCAA